AUGAACAGAAAUACCCAGAACCAGAGAAGAGAUGGCUUUAGAGUCUCUCAGGAUCCAAAAUCUCUCAAUGUGAUGGCUGGGGAAAAUGUGAGCCUGAAAUGCACUUUUGAGAGCCAUACUAUGGAGCGAGCAAAAGUGCUCUGGUUCUGGGGAGCUGCUGGGGACUUCACAUUGAGUCCUCACCACCCGUUCUACAAGGGGCGGAUCCAGAUGUCCAACCUGGAGCAGCAAAAACUCGGGGAGGCCACGUUGAUACUCUCAGCUGUGGAGGAGCGGGACUCCAGCCUCUACCAGUGCUGUGUCCAAAUAAAUUGGGAGAAGAUUGGGCUGGGAGAAGGCACCAUGCUGAGCGUUACGGGGAGGAACAAGAGUCAGACCGCAAAGACACACUGCCCAGUGGAUUGGUUCAGAGAGAUCAUCAUGUACAGAGUUGGAGUUUCCCUGGGAGCUGUGGCCUUCCUUGCUAUGAUGGUCCUCCUCCUAUGGAGAUGCAAAGAAACCAUCACGAAGACCCGACAGCAACAGCCCUCAAAGAGGUACAGCCAAGCUGGUGGUGAGACUGAUGAAGUUUUGCACUAUGCUGAGAUCAAUCUAACACCACAGAAGCCUGUGGAGUAUGCCUCAGUCCAGACACACCCUGGGAAAUGCACAGAGUAUGCGUCAAUCCAGAUACGUCCCCUCUGA